UCUUCUCCUGAUUUUUAUGCAAUUAUGACUUGGCAGCAAAAAAAUUGCUAGAACAUUACAGACAGUCAGAAUAUGAUCAAAGAUUCAACAGUGGUAUUGUGACUGUAAAGGAAAUUGGAGUCGUUUAAAAGCCUUAAUAUACUUGAAACCUAAACCUUUUCAAUCCUUGCCAUUGAGGAUGCAUGUUAGCAUUUUCAUUGGGCCAUACAUUUUAGCUAACCUGAAAUAGGAAUCUCAGGCUGUGUGAAAUACUGCAUAGUAUCGGGUUUUUACAGCACUCUGAAAAAGGAAGCUGUAUCAGUGAUGAUUGUCCAAAGGAAAACUGUAACCACACAACCUUCAUCAUGAGAAUCUAGAGUUCUGGCUAGUUUUGUAAGCCAAAUCAACUUCACAUUUUUGUAUAUGAAGCUCUGCAACUAUGCAUUAAGAAAAUGUUCAUCUGCACUGACCUUCUAAACAGCUCAAGGUCAGCUUCGACUCUGAGAAAAUUGGGCUUGUAUAAAUAAAUGCACCUGACUCUGGGAAUUGAUUUAUUUACUUAUUUAUAUUUUUUACUUGCUGGAGGGUGAGGUAAGGGAGUGAGUCAGGACUUAUAAAAGCAUGCACGCAUUUGUAGAGCAUGGGCCUGUUCUUUGCAGUGAUUCCAACAUCCUUUGCCUUUCAUGGAAAGGAAGGGUUCCAAAAAGUGAGAAGGAAAAACCUGUAUGUAGGAGACGUUACUAUGAGGAAGGAUGGCUGGCCACAGGAAAUGGAAGAGGCGUUGUAGGAGUUACAUUCACUUUAAGCCACUGCCGGAGAGACAGAAACACUCCUCAGAGAACCAACUUCAACCUACGGGGCCACAACAGUGAGGUGGUGCUAGUGAGAUGGAACGAACCUUUCCAAAAACUUGCAACCUGCGAUGCAGAUGGAGGGAUAUUUGUGUGGAUCCAAUAUGAAGGCAGAUGGUCUGUGGAAUUGGUAAAUGAUCGAGGAGCACAGGUGAGCGACUUUACUUGGAGUCAUGAUGGAACUCAAGCUUUGAUUUCAUACAGAGAUGGUUUUGUGCUCGUUGGUUCUGUGAGUGGUCAGCGGCACUGGUCAUCUGAGAUUAAUCUGGAGAGUCAAAUUACUUGUGGAAUAUGGACACCCGAUGAUCAGCAGGUGCUCUUUGGCACUGCUGAUGGACAAGUUAUAGUUAUGGACUGCCAUGGCAGGAUGUUGGCACAUGUUCUACUUCAUGAGUCCGAUGGUAUUCUAAGUAUGUCCUGGAAUUAUCCCAGCUUUUUGGUAGAGGACAGCAGCGAAAGUGACACAGAUUCAGAUGACUAUUCACCACCACAAGAUGGUCCUGCUGCUUACGCCAUUCCAAUGGAAAACAUCAAACCACUGCUUACGGUUGGCUUUUCUUCAGGGGACAUUAAUUUAAUGAAUAACUAUGAUGACUUGUCACCGACUAUAAUUCGCUCAGGGUUAAAAGAUGUAGUUGUCCAGUGGUGCACACAAGGAGAUUUGCUGGCUGUUGCAGGCAUGGAGAAACAGAACAUGAUGCCUGACCUUGUCAAUGUGGCUUCUCUAAAGAAUGCUAUCAUCAAAUUCUACAAUGUCCAUGGAGAACAUAUCUACACUCUGGAUACACCUGUGCAGCGUCCAAUCACAUCCAUCUGCUGGGGUCAUAGAGAUUCCCGCCUGUUUUUGGCCUCAGGUCCGGCACUCUAUGUUGUGCGUGUGGAGCAUAGAGUUGCUUGUCUUCAACUUCUCUGUCAGCAAGCAAUUGCCAACUCUUUACGUGAUGAUAAGGACAUCAGUAAACUGACCUUGCCUUCUCGGCUCUGCUCAUACCUCACCACUGCCUUCAUUCCUACCAUAAAGCCACCUAUUCCUGACCCUAACAACAUGAGGGAUUUUGUUAGCUACCCUACUUCAGGUAAUGAGAGACUUCACUGCACUAUGAAGCGCACAGAAGAUGACCCAGAAGUUGGAGGACCAUGUUACACUCUUUACUUGGAGUAUUUGGGUGGACUGGUGCCUGUUCUUAAAGGACGAAGAAUCAGCAAGUUACGUCCUGAGUUUGUCAUCAUGGAUCCCAAAACAGAUGGAAAAACGGAUGAAAUAUAUGGGAAUGGAUUGAUCUCAGCAGUGAUCGACAGCUGUAACUGCUCGGAUUCCAGCGACAUUGAACUGAGUGAUGACUGGGCAGCUAAGAAAUCUCCAAAGAUAACAAGAGCUAGCAAAUCUCCUAAACUACCCAGGAUUAACAUAGAAGCAAGAAAAUCACCAAAAUUAUCUCGAGCUGCGCAAGACAUUACAAGAUCCCCUCGGCUGCCGAUUAGGAAACCAUCUAUUGGGUCACCCAGCUUAACACGGAGAGAGUUUCCCUUGGAUGACAUUUCUCAGCAUAACUACCUAGCUCAGGUCACUUCCAAUAUCUGGGGAACCAAAUUUAAAAUUGUUGGAUUGGCAGCUUUCCUACCGGCCAACCUUGGAGCAGUAAUUUACAAAACUAGUCUGCUGCAUCUUCAGCCAAGGCAAAUGACCAUCUACCUUCCAGAAGUCCGAAAAAUAUCCAUGGACUAUAUUAAUUUACCAGUAUUCAGUGCCAAUGUUUUCAGUGAAGACGAAGAUGACUUACCAGUAAGUGGAACAUCUGGAACAUCUGAAAACAACCCACCGUGCACAGUAAACAUUCCCAUUGCACCUAUUCAUAGCUCUGCCCAAGCUAUGUCUCCAACUCAAAGCAUAGGAUUGGUCCAGUCUUUGCUAGCCAAUCAGAAUGUACAGUUGGAUAUCUUGGCCAGUCAGAUGGGAGCUGCUGCACCAACAGACCAUGCAGGAGACAGUGCAGUUCAGUAUCCAGUUCCUAAUCGUUACUCCAAUCCUGGGCAAGUUAUAUUUGGUGGAGUGGAAAUGGGACGUUUAAUGCAACUCCCUCAACCUUCCAUGCAGAUGCCUCACCUUGUGCAGAUUCCUAAUCCACUACAGAUGCCACACCCAUCACAGAUCCCAUAUCAGUCGCAGGUGUCUCACAACAUUCAGAGUUCCCAUUCUACUCAGAUUGCCCAUGCUUCUCAAAUUUCUCAUUUCACUCAGAAUUCCCACACCAUGCAGAACUCCUACGCCAUUCAGAAUUCCCACACCUCUCAAAUUUCCCACACCUCCCAGAAUUCUCAGGCCACUCAUAAUUCGAAGGCUACUCAGACUUCCAAUUCCACACAGACUUCUCACAAUAUGCAGAUGCCCCAUGUUUCGCAGACAUCCCACAACAUACAGCUGUCCCACACCUUGCAGACUUCCCAAAAGCAGUCCCACUCCUCUCAGACUUCUCACAGCAUUCAACUGCCCCUCCCCUCUCAUCUGUCCCACAUUUCACAACUGCCCCACCCCUCUCAGCUGUCACAUGCCCCACAACUGCCUCAUGCCUCCCAGCUGUCACAUGGGUCACAGCUGCCCUACACCUUGCAGCUUCCCCAUGGCUCUCAGGUUUCCCACUCAACACAAAUGUCCCAUCAAUUACAGGGUGCUGUGCAGAUACCUGUAGUAGAACACAGUGAAAGAGAACAUGAACAUGCCCAAAAGACAAAACCUUUGCGACCAAUGCCGCAAUAUGCAGAAGGAGAUGCUGUUGUUUUUACAAGUGUUCAAGAGAUACAGAUGAACAAACUCAAUCCUCCGCCACCUUACCCAGGAACUAUACCCGCUCCUCCAACAUCCGCAGCUCCCCCUCCACCAAUCCAACAGCUUCCUGUUGAUCUCUGCCUAAAGAAAGGGGACUUUUCCCUCUUCACAAGUGGACACUUCCAGACUCCUCUAGGAUAUGAAAGGAUAACUACUUUUGACAGCAGUGGCAAUGUUGAAGAGGUCUGCAGGCCACGAAGCAGGGUUCUCUGUAAUCAGAAUACCUAUACACUCCCUGGCCCUGGAAGUUCAGCCACCCUCAGAGUUUCAGCAACAGAAAAAAAGAUUAAACAACCCUGCACUAGUGCCACACUAAAUAGGUUGACAGUUCCCCGAUAUUCUAUACCGCCUGGCGAUCCACCACCAUACCCUGAGAUAGCUGCACAACUUGCUCAAGGGAGGAGUAUGACACAAAGAAUAGACAGCAGCCUAAUCCAUGCCACAUUGCGAAGGAAUAGUAGAGAAGCUGCUUUAAAAAUGACUCAGAUGGCAGAUAAUCAGAGAUCAACCCUGCAGCAUCCUCCAAAAUCAAAGAGUAAUGUUGUAGCUGGACAGUACCAACAAAGGACACCCACAACAUUGUAUACCUGCAGUCAGUGUAGCAAUGGCACUGGUGUAAUCAGCAGCAGCAGUAGCAGUAAUCAUAGUGGCAGUAUCACUGCUAACAUAGUUGGCAUUGGAAAUAUGCAGUCUGAUUUAUCCACAGGUAGUGGCCCACAACAGAGUACUGUAAUAGUUCAUUCUGCCAGCUCAACUCCUUUAACGUCCCAGUCCUCAUAUAACCUGCUUAGUCCUUCUGAAAGUUGCAGAGACAGAACAGAUUACAUCAACUCCGCCUUCACAGAAGAUGAAGCAGUUACCCAACAUUGCCAAGCAGAGAAGUCAGUGAGGCAUAUAAACUUAGCAGAAGCAGGACUUACUAUAAAACGUCCUCCUCCUUAUCAAUGGGACCCAAUGGUAAGUGAAGACAUAUGGGUUCCUCAGGACAGGACAACUCAUAACACUCUGCCUAUUCCAAAAAGGCCCCCUCCUCUAUCAAUUGGGCAGAAUCAGCAUUUAGAUAUGUCACGGGUGCCAUUUAUUUCCCCAAAAUCUCAAACUAGUCCUAUCGCAACAUUCCAAGCAAAUUAUGGAGUUGGGCUACCAUACACUGGAGGUUUCAGUGCACCCCCUUAUGUCCAUCAAGGGCAAAACCCAUGUUCCCCAAAGGACGCUUUAGCUCCAGCUCAGUAUGUUCAACAGGAACCAUCCAUUGUACUGCAGCCGACAUAUCCACCCAACCUGCCUUGUUGCCCAUUGCCACCAAUGUAUCCUGGGAGCAGCAAUUGCAAUGGUUUACAGCUCCCUGCAAUAGCACUGCAUCCAUGGAACACAUACAGUGCGUGCCCACCAGUGCAAAACUCUCAGUCUACUCUUCCUUCAAAGCCACAUUUGGUGCCCGAAAAAACUGUUCUCCCCCUUCCUCAGCCAGAGCUUCAAAGUAAUAGGGGUACAGAGGUUAUGGUUGAAACUGCAGAUAAUUUUCAGGAGGUUUUAUCUUUAACUGAAAGCCCUGUAGCCCAGGAAACUGAUAAAUUUGUUAAGAAAAAUCGAAAGCGCUUAGACAGCAGAGCUGAGGAGGGGAAUGUACAGGCGAUCACUGAGGGCAAGGGAAAAAAGGAAGCAAGAACUUUAAGUGAUUUCAAUUCUCUUAUUGCUAGUCCAAGACUUGGAAGGGAGAAGAAAAAGGUAAAGAGCCAGAAAGACCAGCUAAAAUCCAAGAAGCUGAAUAAAACCAAUGAAUUUCAGGACAGUUCAGAGAGUGAGCCUGAGCUUUUUAUCAGUGGAGAUGAGCUGAUGAACCAAAGCCAGAGCAAUAAAAAGGGAUGGAAAACUAAAAGAAAUCUUAGGACAGCUAAUGAUUUGGAUGAAUUCAAGUGUCGAAAAGCAAAUGAAAAAGAUGAUGGAAGGUUAGGAAGCCAAGGAUUUGUCUAUGUUAUGGCAAACAAGCAGCCAUUGUGGAACGAGGCAACCCAAGUUUAUCAGUUGGACUUUGGAGGUCGGGUGACUCAGGAAUCUGCAAAAAAUUUUCAGAUCGAGCUGGAAGGCAGGCAGGUAAUGCAGUUUGGAAGAAUUGAUGGCAACGCAUACAUUUUGGACUUUCAGUAUCCCUUUUCAGCCGUCCAAGCCUUUGCAGUUGCUCUGGCCAACGUGACACAACGUCUCAAAUGAGUUGGUGACUGAAUAUGAACAUUUAAGAUUUGAUUUGGACAGGCACAAAAGCAAAGUUGUCUUAGUAUAGAUCAUGGAAGAAGAUAAGCAUUUACACACUUAAACUGGAAAAGAAGUAAAAUUUCCUAUGUGCAGACUGAUUUUUAUUUUUUACAUGCAAUAUUGCUGAUGUUUUGAGCGGAGAACCAAUUAUUGUUAUGGUGGAAGUGUGGCUUUUGGCUUCUAUUGAUGGUCCUGUUCUGUUGUUUGGUGAAGUCGAUGUUAGAAUAUUACAUGAAAAACUGCCUUAUUUAUAAUAAUAUAUUUAAAACAAAAAUGUGACCUAUUUGGGUCUUUGAACUUUGGUUUCUUUUUUUUUUAGUUUGUAGGAUCACGAUUUUAAAAAUGUGCAACUAAACUAUGAGAUUUUCUAAUACUUGAAUGCAUUAUUGUUGUUAUUUUUUAAGUGGACAUCGAAGGCUGUACAAAUAAUUUUUAAAAGUAGCUUUUUAUGUUAUAGAACUUUUUAGAUAUUUUUUAAGAUGUUAUGUUUUCUUUAACCCUUGUUAGCUGAUGACUGCAUUUUAUGGUCAGAAUUUAGAUAAAAUAUCUAUGCCUAAAGGGAAAAAGAUGUUAAAUUUAAAUUGUUUACCUCUAAAGAGUUAAUAGGGUAAUUUUAAGGCACUGAAAUUAGCAAAAUUGGUAACACCAUCUUUAUAAAAUAAAGACUUAGCAAAAGAAUUGAAACCUAAAAUUUGUUUAGAGGCAAGAAUACGCCAUCUACAUAUUGCACAUUAAUUGCAAUGGCUGAAUUUUUCUUAAGUCUGUUUUUUGCAGCUCCUAUCUAGGCACUUAUUUAAAAGGUUGGACUUUACAUGCUGCAUGGGCACAAAAAUCUACACUAAGAUAAUUUUUGAUCCACAUUAGAUACCCGUAAACAUGGUAUUGUUAUUUACCUCUGUACCAAAAUUCUGCUUUGUUAAAUUGAAGAAUGGUGGUAAAGUGCUGAAAAGCCAUUCUAGUGCAUUUUCUGCUCAUCAGAUUUGCCCUUUAUUUUAUUUUUUUAUAUUAUGUACUAAAUUGAGCUAUGUAAAUUAUUGUCGGGAGCAUGUAUUUUUUCCAAUUAUAACUGUAAAAUUUGAAAGGCCCAUGUCUGUUAUCUGAUAAAUAGUUUCAAAUGCAGAAAUGUUUUGCUUUUUGGAGGUAGUACAACUUUCAGUGCUUACAAAAGCAGCAUAAAGAAAUUACCUAUUUGACGUUAAACCUACACUGUUAGAGGGGCCUUUCUAUGAAUUACUGCCUUGUGUGGGGCAGUCCCCAAAGCAGUGAUCUGGCUAACUGAGGGGUAUUUUCAGACAUAAGUCUAAGGUGAAUUAGAUACAUAAAAUACAUUUGACUGCUCAGUGAUCAGUGACAUCUUAGUUUGGAGGUAUUUAUUAUCUGGAUAUAUUACUACUUCCACGCUCAUUGCAAAAAUGUCCAUAUUUUUGUAUGUUAUGUCAAUAGGGAACAUACAAAACUUAAAUUCAUUAAAAUGUUGUGCCUAAUAAA